CAUAUCCCCUAACAAUCCCUUCUCUUCUCUAUCUCAUCACUCUCUCCAUAAGUGCUUUUCCAAAAAGCCAGAAAAAUGAUCCCAGCAACAAGUCUUUUCCUAGCCACUUUGCUCCUCACUGCUUCACUUGGCAUCGCAGCCCGACCGGGAUCCGAUGGAGCCUUCUCAGCUGAGCUCAAGAACUCAAAGGACAAAGGUGGUGCUGCUAAUGGUGGUGGUGGUGGGGGUGGCAACAGUGGUGGCAUAGGGGGGUUUUUCCCGCCCGGGUUUGACAUACCAGGGUUCGGAAAGGGUUUUGGAAGCGGUGUGGGUGGCGGAUAUGGAGGCGGGUAUGGCAGUCCGAAUGGAGGGUACUCCAAGGGUGGAACUGUGAGGACUUCUCUUGUGUGUAAAGAAAAGGGUCCGUGCUACAAGAAGAAGCUGACGUGCCCUGCUAAGUGCUUCACAUCCUACAGCCGGUCAGGGAAGGGUUUUGGUGGCGGCGGAGGCGGCGGUGGGUGCACUAUCGACUGCAAGAAAUGUACUGCUUACUGCUAGAUGAAUAGGCUGCUCCUUUUGUUAUGGUACUGCAGCCGGUAGCCGGUAAUAGUUAACUAUAAUUAGUAUGUUUAUGCAUGUGAUGUGAUGUGAUGUGAGCCUUCUAAGUAGACCAUGGAUAUAAAUGGAUUUCUGAGUGCAAGAGUUUCUAUGAGACAAACUCUAUUUUAUUUUCCUGUUAUUUUUCUACUACUAUUUUGAGGGCUUUAAGAGUGAGUUUGGUUUGUGAGUGACCACAAACCUAAAAUAUAUGAUAUGUGAUUUUGCUUUAUCUAAGAGUAAUGUUCUCCUG